UGCUCCCUUGUUUGCCUUUCCGCCGUCUUGGACAAGAUAUCGACAGCUUGAGACAAAAACCACAGCUAGUCAAUCCCCUGGCCUAGCCGCGUGUCGAUAUCAAGACUAGUAGAGUCGUGCAAAAGGCCCGAAGUACAAGCACAAGUAAACUCCAUGAUGAAUGAAGCGCCCUGUCCCAUGCAAAGGAAGGGAAGCUCCGCCGCCGGCUCCCGCUCCGCAAUGGGUAGAAAGGGUGACAAGCGCCAGCCGCAUGCCCGACACGAAAUAAAACAUGCACCCUGCCGCGGCUUUCGACGCUAGUCAGCCCUGCGAUGCUACUGCACAGGGCUAGCCCCAGUCCCAGCCCCACCCAAACAGAGCUGGGACCUGCAACAAGGGGAGGGUCUGGAUCGAACCGAAGCCGUCGCGAGAUCGACUCUUUUUCUGCUCCGUGCAACCUCGCCGUCCAUCAGCCUCAACCUUCUUUUCUUUGGACCGCCAACCCGCGGUGCUGGCUCUCCGUGCACAAACCGCCUCUUCCCCGGCCAGACCUCGCACGCAGUCCCGGACCUUGCGCCUUCGCUCCGGUCUUGCUAGCCUGCUUGCUGUCGAUGCUGGUCCGUCGUGGGCUCCUCUAGCAGGCCCAUGCGGCUCUGAGCCGCCAAGAAUCCGAGCACGCGAGGGUCCCAUUACACUCUUCCGGUCCCUUUGUCCUGGCAUAUUUCUCAUUCCUUUGCCCGCUUCCUUGGACAUCAAGUAGGAUUGGAUUCCCUCCUUCCUUCUUGUCGUCUGUCUGCGUCUUUGUUUGUCAAUCAAGUCGUGCCGUCGACAUAAUGCGGGCCAGCCUUGCCACCAUCGCCCUGUCGGCCGUGGCGCUGCUGCUCCCGGUGGGCGGUAGCGCUCGGGAGAUACCGGAGAACAUCAAGCAGCUCAAGGCCGCCAUCAUCGCCAAGGGCGACUGUCAGAAGAAGCUUGCGUCGGGCUUUAGGGUCACCGAAGGCAAUCCCACAACCGGGGCGUAUUGCGGCGACAUGUUGGACAAGUACGGCAUCAUCUACCAGCAGAUGCCCAGCGGUCAGCUGAGCGACAUGGACGUCGACUGCGACGGCCAGCAGGCCAACCGCACCGGCGACGACGGCAGCUGCGGGCUCAGCACCGACACCCAGCCCCAGACGUCGUUCCGCAGCAACGUCAGGGCCAACGGGGCGGCGGCGGCCAUCGGCGUCCAGGACCUGAACCCCUUCAUACACUCGUACGUCGUCUUCGGCAACACGAACGAGGGCAAGCCCAGCUGGCCCUCGUUCGAUCCCCAGGACCGCGGCCGCAGGAAGCUGCUGGGGGGCAAGCGGGUCGAGCCGCUGAGCGUCAUGGCCGUCGUGUGUGGCGACAACCUGUUCUACGGCCUCUGGGGCGACGAGAACGGCCCGGACGGCAGGUACCCCAUGAUCGGCGAGGCGGGCAUCGGGCUGGCGCGCGCCUGCUUCGGCGGCGCCACCACCAUCGACGGCGGCCACGGCUGGUCCAACACGGACGUGCUGUACCUGGCCUUCACGGGCUCCGACGCCGUCCCGGACGCGAGCCGCCAGCCGCGCUGGGACGCGACCAACUUUGCCGACUUUGAGCGCAGCCUCGCCCCCGUCGGCGACGCCCUCGUGAGCCGCGUCGAGAAGAGUGCCGCCGGCAGGCCCGCCUGCCCGCCCUCCUUCCUACGCCUGCCGGGCAUCAUCCACAGCACCCUGGUCGCCGCCCUGCCGCUGGCGGCCCAGCCGACCUCGUACCGGGCCAUGCGGCAGCGGCCGUCCCGCUGAGGCCUUGGGGAAAAGGGGUGAAGGGUGUCGGCGUUGCGCGUAGAGGGUGGGAAGUCUGUGCGGCUCCCUUGUGACGAGAUAAAUCUUUUGGUUCAGCAUUAAGUGCAUGGCGAACAGCCUGGCGUUGUUUUUGGGUUUAUACCUUCUUUUUAAUCUUUCAUGGCGGCUUAUCUGACGCUGGCUGCUGUCCCCACCAUCUCUUCCCCAGCCAUUUGUAUUUCACAUUAGAUUCCGUCUUUUAGAGCUCCGACCUUUUCGCUCGUGGAACUGAGAACCCUUUCCGCCCCCGCGCGUCUUUAACCUAAGGAACACUGUGAGCAAAGCCAAGUCCGCUCCGCUCAGUCUGAUGCAUAUAGCAAACGGCUCGGGCCGCGAGUAGGUUAACGGCACGUAAAAAUAUUGGAGGCGUCUAUUUGAAGUUAUGCCAUUUAUGAAGCUGGCGAGUUGCCUCCCCAUCAUACACAAAUACGAGUGCCUGAAAUGCUCGCACAGCUACCUAGUAGGUAGUUAGCUACUAAUAAUGAUCCGGA